AUGCGCACAUUCGCUCUCGUCACGGCGUUGGCCGCCACGGUCCUCGCCUCGCCUAUGCCUCAAGGAGUGACCUCCCAGAUCGCUCCAUCCUCCCCUGCUCCGGAAGGCUGCUCACCCUCGUUCAGCGGCAGCUUUCAGAUCACCGCCGUGAAUGUCUCCUCCGCGGCAAAGCGAGAUCUUCAAUCGCGACAACAAGACGGCGUCCUCACCCUGACUCUUGCCGAUUCCGUCCUGGUGGACCAGGCCGGUCGAACAGGAUACAUUGCGUCCAAUUAUCAGUUCCAGUUUGACUCCCCUCCCCAGGCGGGCGCCAUCUACACGAGCGGCUUCUCCGUCUGCUCGAAUUACAGCCUUGCCUUGGGUGGCUCUGCUAUUUGGUAUCAAUGUUUGAGCGGGAACUUCUACAACCUGUACGACCGAAACUGGGCGCCUCACUGUGUCCCGAUUUACCUUUACGCCCUUACGUCUUCGGCUCCCGCGACCACCACGGCUGUUCCCACGAUCGGUCAACAGACAGAUGGUCAACCGACCGCGACUUCUGUUGCCACUCAGCUCUCGGACGGGCAACCUCAGGCACCCACUGGAGCUCCCGCCACCCAGCUGAGCGACGGACAACCACAGGCACCCACUGGGGCUCCAGCUACCCAGAUAAGCGACGGACAACCACAGGCACCGACUGGAGCUCCGGCCACCCAGCUGAGCGAUGGACAACCACAGGCACCCACUGGAGCCGCCGCCACCCAGCUGAGCGACGGACAACCACAGGCACCGACUGGCGCUCCGGCCACCCAGCUGAGCGAUGGACAGUGA